UUUGUCAUUAGAAGUGACGGUCGAAAAAAUUUCAUAUCAGUGACGAGAAAGUAGACGUAACUUUGAUAAAAAGUUAAUUACAAAUAUUAAUAAAUACAGUUAAAAAACUUAUUGACUUGAAUAAGCAAAAAUGUCACUGGUAAAAAAAUUAUUGGAUCAGCUGAAAAGCAAAGAAUUUCGGGAAUAUUUAAUGAGCACACAUUUCUGGGGUCCAGUUGCCAAUUGGGGAAUACCGAUAGCUGCUAUUGCAGACACUAGGAAGGACCCUAAAUUCAUCAGUGGCAAGAUGACAUUUGCGCUCACACUCUACUCGUUAAUGUUCAUGAGGUUCGCGUGGAAGGUCCAGCCAAGGAAUCUCCUUCUCUUCGCGUGUCACUUCACCAACGAAUGCGCUCAGCUCACACAGGGUGCCCGGUUCAUCAACUAUCACUAUAUACAGGGUCCCAAUGCGAACGAAAACUAAGUUUAAUUCUAAAAACUUCAUUGACAUAUAAUAAACAAUUGUACUCACAGUUGCGAUCAAAAAUUGUCCGAUACGCGUUUAUUAGGCAGUUAUCAAAUGAGCGAAUGCAAUAGACUUUGAAGUUUGAACCUUAGUGACACAGUAUAAGAUGUUAAUUUAAAUUGUAUUGAACAACGAUGCUUGGACAUUUUUGACGAUCUUUGAAAUGGCAAUUGUGAGUCAAGCUGUUGUUUAUACUAUGCAAUAUCAUACGUAGAUGAAUUUAGUUGAAUAUUAAUUUCGGCCGCAACGAACGGGUUGAGAGAACUGUUAUUGUGAGGUAAUUUUUCAUGUAUUUUUGAUGCUAUGGAAUAUACGUGAUAUGUUUGGAUUUUUUCAUAUCGUGUAAAAUAAAUUGAUUACGUUAUAUUGACUUCAGAUUCUGUCGAGAUAGAUGGAAGUUAAAUACAUAUAAUUGUAUGCGGGUUUUUCUUUUUUCAAUAAUUGUUGUCAAGAGGCAGGAAAUGUAUUUUCUGUAAAGUUUGACGAUCAGUUUGUAUUUUGUUGGUAAAAGUGGUUGUCUUUAAAUGCAUAUCGGAUACUUAGUAUCUACUGCGUAUAUCUGAGGUAAACGUUAUGUUUUAUUUUAGAAUGUCAAAGCAUGUUAAAAAAAACGUGUGUAUAUUCGCAACUAACCUUUUGGCGGGAACUUAGGUUAAGAGCUGUCAAAAUAAUGUAGCGCGUUCUGUAAUCUAUGCUCGAGUAAACGAAGUGAAUUGUGCCAAUAAUUGCCUAUUUAAAUACCUGUUAUUUCUUUAGCCGAAUUAUUUUUUCCAUGUUAUAACUGUAAUUAGACAUCUAUAAUUAUAAUUGUUUUUAAAAGAUUAUUUUUUAAGUGCACUUAUUAUUAUAAGUAAUAACCGAGUGGAAACUUUAAUCGUAUGGCGUAUUUUAUUUUAUCUGUAUUCCAACACUAUAGAAAUUUGGUGUUGUCUAUGUUUUUAUUACCGGGAGAGAGAAGGAUGGAAAUAUACGUAAAAAAAUAGAGCUCAAAGUAGCGGGGAACAGUAAUAAUAUCAUAAAUAACGUAUCAAUAUUUAUUACGGCACUUUAAAAUAAAUUAAAGUCUUGAACGGCGUUAAAAAUGCCGUCCGUUGUAGUCAUUUCUACCGAAGUUUGAUACUUUAACUCCAAAAUAGUGUACAAAUUAAGUUAAAAAGUACUGUGAUUCGUACGUACCUACCAUAUAAGUAAUUUACAAUGACUGCUUUAUAGUUAUUACGAAGAGCCUUAAGUAAACAAUUUUAUCAUUGAGAUAUGCACCUUAAAGGUUUUAAAUAAGAUUUAUUUACCAGUUUUGUGAAUCGUUGUGGCCGAAAUGCAAGUGCUGUUAUGUACAAAGUUAUAUUUUUCGAAAAUUUAUAGUGAUUAAUUAUACUCUAUUGUUGAUCUGUUAUGUAUCAUAUUUUUGUGUUCAUUUUAUUUAUAUAUACCUAGUGUUCAUGUAAAAUAAAUAAUAGAUG